UAUAUCUCACUCCUCGAACGUCUGUUCGUCCCAGGAACGAUACCAUCUACCCAACGGGCGACGAAGAGACAAAGAGGUGAGGCUAAGGGGGACAAGUAUCUAGUCGAGAUUAAAGUGCUCAUCAUAAUAUCCGUCUCCAUUUUUGGGUUCAUUGUCCUGGCUGGCAGUGAUUCCAUAAUACAGUGGGGAGCUGAUUCUAUCCGCAGAGACGUUGAAGCCAGAGGACUAAUUCCCGGACUUCACUGCUCCAGAGACUCGUUCAAUUCAGCCUUCUCCAUACUAGACACUGUUGGCGUUAUGGUGCGGGCCAUUCUACCAGUUUUCUUCAUAUUA